AUGGCAAGAGAAAAGGAGAGGUUUCGAACCGGUUGGGCAUCCUGCAUUUCAUCAUUUGAUUGUGCAAAUCUCAAAAACCUUGACUAUCCUUUCUGGGGAUCGGAAAGACCAGACUAUUGUGGCCACCCAAAAUUUGAACUAGAUUGCGAUGGUGAAUAUGCAGAAAUCACCAUCAAGUCCGAGAGCUAUCGAGUUCUUGAAGUCAAUUAUUCUGAUUAUAGUCUUAGAGUUGUGAGAACUGACUUCUGGGAUGAUGUUUGUCUAACCUAUUUUAGGAACAAUUCCAUAGAUCUCCCUUUCUUUAAUUAUAGUUUGGACUCUCGUAACCUGACACUGUACUACGAUUGUCUUUCCUCUCCAUUCUCAGACCCAUAUAUCACCCCCACUCAGUUUAAUUGCAGUAAAAAUAGUACCAAAAUAGUUGACUAUUUCCUUCUGGCGGGCGGAGGUUAUGGGACCUCUGAAAUCGAACAAACGGGGGCCUGCAGAUCUACUGUAAUUGUUCCAAUUUUGGGGUCACAAGCCAGAAUUUUAGAUGAAGAUUCAAGUGUGGAAAAUAUGAAGACUGCUAUUCAUAAAGGCUUUAAAUUUGCAUGGGAGGCAAAUAAUACUCUGUGCUCUGCUUGUCGAAACUCUGGUGGGCAAUGCGGUUAUAACAUAAGCUCAAGUGAAUUCACUUGCUAUUGCAAAGACGGACCUGUUCCAUCUGAAUGUAAAUCAAGUAAGUACCAGUGUUCUAGUAAUUCAUACCAAUAUAUGCAGGGCACAGAUACACAAUAAAGAACUGCGACACGACAAAACAUGUAAUGUCGUGUAAUUUGAAGAGUUGUCUCCGGACAGGU